AUGGCUUCCAGCAAGCUGCGGGCAACCAAGCUCAUGCACUUCUACAUGCUCCAGGGGGUGCUGAGGGCGACCCCAGGGCUUCUUCGAGAGCACCCCCCCACGUGGCGCGUCCUAAACCGCUUCAGCAAAGAUGUUGACACCAUAGACUCGCACACCCCAGACAAUAUUGAUAUAUGGAUGCGCACUUUCUGGUACACAGUGAAUGUGCUGAUCGUAUGCUCUGUCCUCAACCCUCUAGUCCUACUAGUCAUAGUGUUGUUAAUGGUGUUCUAUUGGUGGGUCCAGGUUAACUGGACAAAACUCAUGAAUAACUCAUUAAUAACUCAUAGCUCAUUCAUAACUCAUUAAUACAGCAUGUGCAGUUUUCUGUGAUUUUAACAAUCCUCCUCAUUGUGUAGUUGUCUUAGUGUUGUCGUGGUAGUGUGGUUUGGUUGCUGGGUAGAUGCAGUAGGAAGACUAGUGAGUGGAGGGUCAGUCUGCAGGCUGAGGGUCAGGCUGAGGGUCAGGCUGAGGGUCAGGCUGAGGGUCAGGCUGAGGGUCAGGCUGAGGGUCAGGCUGAGGGUCAGGCUGAGGGUCAGUCUGCAGGCUGAGGGUCAGGCUGAGGGUCAGGCUGAGGUCAGGCUGAGGGUCAGGCUGAGGUCAGGCUGAGGGUCAGUCUGCAGGCUGAGGGUCAGGCUGAGGGUCAGGCUGAGGGUCAGGCUGAGGGUCAGGCUGAGGGUCAGGCUGAGGGUCAGUCUGCAGGCUCAGGCUGAGGGUCAGGCUGAGGGUCAGGCUGAGGGUCAGGCUGAGGGUCAGGCUGAGGGUCAGUCUGCAGGCUGAGGGUCAGGCUGAGGGUCAGGCUGAGGGUCAGUCUGCAGGCUGAGGGUCAGGCUGAGGGUCAGGCUGAGGGUCAGGCUGAGGGUCAGGCUGAGGGUCAGGCUGAGGGUCAGGCUGAGGGUCAGGCUGAGGGUCAGGCUGAGGGUCAGGCUGAGGGUCAGGCUGAGGGUCAGGCUGAGGCUCCACUCUCUAGUGGUUUGGUUUGUGUGGAACGGCUGAUCUUUUACUUAACACUGCCCCCAAGGUAGAUGGAUCUGGAACCGCAGCAAAUGUCUUUAGAAACACUAUUUUUGAUAUUCCAUUGACUUGGCUUCGCUAUGAUCAUUCUAUGCACUGAAUCAGUGCAGUAAACUACUGGGGUGUAGAUGGAGAGCAGCUGUUCUGUAGCUAUAGUUCAUACUGUAGGAUGUGUGAUUGUUAAUAUUGUAGGAUGUGUGAUAGUUAAUAUGGUAGGAUGUGUGAUAGUUAUAUGGUAGGAUGUGUGAUAGUUCAUAUGGUAGGAUGUGUGAUAGUUAAUAUGGUAGGAUGUGUGAUAGUUAAUAUGGUAGGAUGUGUGAUAGUUACUUGGUAGGAUGUGUGAUAGUUUAUAUUGUAGGCUGUGUGCUAGUUACUAUGGUAGGAUGUGUGAUAGUUCAUUGGUAGGAUGUGUGAUAGUUACUCUGGUCGAUGUGUGCAUAGUUCAUCUGGUGGCUGUGUGAUAGUUCCUCUGGUAGGCUGUGUGAUCGUUCAUCUGGUUGGCAUGUGUGUAGUUCUAUGGUCGGCUGUGUGUCGUUCUCUGGUCGGCUGUGUGCUGUUCUUGGUAGGCUGUGUGCUCGUCUACUGGUAGGCUGUGUGCAUCGUUCAUCUGGUCGGCUGUGUGCUAGUUAUUGGUAGGCUGUGUGAUCGUUACCUCCUGUGUAGCUGUGUGCUAGUUAUACUGUGUCGGCUGUGAUGUUCUAUUGUAGGAUGUGUGUGUUGGUGUGUGAUAGUUACUUAGAUGUGUAUAGUCAUAGUGUAGAUGUGGUGAUAGUUAAUAUGUGGUGUGUGAUAGUUAAUCUGGUAGAUGUGUGAUGUUAUAUGGUAGGAUGUGUGAUAGUUAAUACUGUGUAGGAUGUGUGAUAGUUUAUACUGUGGGAUGUGUGAUAGUGUUAAGGAAUAGGCAUUAUUAUUUGUGACUCAACUUCAAAUCAUCCAAUAUCCAUUUAGAAAGCUAGUUGUUGUGAAAAAGGCAGGUUUGGUCUGCGACUAAGAGUAUCUAAGAUGGUUUGGCUUGUUAAGGUUCCCUGGGCUUGUAUCAAGUUUAUGUGUAUGUGGGUUUUUUAUGUGUCAGGAGUUUUGAACCCACAUAAUGAUGACAUUUGAUAGGAGCCACAAGGCUGCGAUUCAGAUUGCUGGUUAAUGAUAGAACAUGUUGAGUAUCAAUUGACAUGACUGGUCUCGAUCUGAUCAGUGUGUCCUGGCUCCACGCAGCUGCAGCACACAAGAAAUCACCUCAGAAAAUAUCUAAAGAGAUGACAUUAUCCUGACCUGAAAAAUGGUUUAGUUUGUAUCUGGGUUUGGAUGUUUUCGCUGAGGGCUACUGGGUCUUAUGCUUGAUCAUCAUUUGCUUUAGCAAAUGGGACAGUAGCUAGCAGUUUCCUGAGGUAGGAAAACGGAUAUAUUUCUGCCGGUGAUACAUUCGAAACUGCAGUUCUUACUGGUGAACUAUAAGCAGGGUUCUGUGUGUUCACGUGCCUCUGGAAAUGCCUACAAACUAACUAACUGGAACUUCCAACGCUGUAAACUGUGUUGCCAUGGGUAACAUCGGCAUAUGAUUCCUGUCCUUUUUGCUUUUGUCAUGGCGUACUUUACAUCUGAUAUGUUAUUUACUGUCUCCUUGUCUUUCAAAGCUAUUACUCACUGGCACUGGCGGUUUAUUUCUGGCCCUUCUUUUAAUUGUUCUACCUGAAUUAGUUUUUACCUUUUAAUUAUGUUUUACAGUGUUUUAAAGCCGACAACAUUAUGAUGGCAUUUUAAGCACUAAUGGAAAUUGAAGUGUUGAUUUUUAGUUUUUUAAUCAAAUGUGUUUAGUCCUGAAUGCUUUAGAAGUUGAUUUGAUAAUCAAAUGAAAUAAUACUUAUUUCUUAGAAUGCUUUUUGGGCCUGGUGGAAAAAGCAUCUGCAGAGUUCAAGACUUGGCAUUAUGAUAAUUCUUGUAAACGGUAGUUAAAUAUUCAUAUAAAUUAUAUCAAUCACUAUCAAAUUAAUCUAUUACUCUAUAAGUCUAUCAAAUGAACUCUGCAGGUGUUUUUGUGACCCCUGACCUUCCUAUAGUGUGUUACUGCAGUGUGUGCUUGCUAGUUGCUUACUAUUAGAGCUUGUACCCCAGUGUUUAGAUACUGCGUAACGCUGUUUGUCUCUUUUCCCCACGGCUGUAGAGAUUUUAUGUGGCCACGUCUCGGCAGUUAAAGCGUCUGGAGUCGGUCAGCAGGUCUCCUAUAUACUCCCAUUUCUCUGAGACCGUCACUGGCUCUAGUGUUAUCAGAGCCUACGGCAGAUGCGAUGACUUUGUACUAAUGAGUGAUAUGAAGGUGGAUGAGAACCAAAAGAGUUACUACCCUGGUAUAGUAGCCAACAGGUAGGUGGUGUCUCUCUCCUACUGUACUUUCACUAUGGACUCUGGAGGACAGUGGCUGUGUUCCAAUUGUCUUAAUGUGCUUCCGUUCCUUGUUCCUUUUUUUUUGGCUCCUGCUGAUCUGAAGUUGCUGGGUAACGACCCAAGGGCCCCUAGGGUUCUCUUUACAAAAUGGGAACGACCCAAGGGCCCGUAGGAUUCUCUUUACAAAUUGGGAACUACCCAAGGGCCCUUAGGAUUCUCUUUACAAAAUGGGAACGACCCAAGGGCCCCUAGGGUUCUCUUUACAAAAUGGGAACGACCCAAGGGCCCCCGAAGGAUUCUCUUUACAAAAUGACGGAUUCAUUCAGUGGACAGCAUUUGUCCAUUGGAUUUUGAGAAUUGUAACAUAGCCACUGACUGGCGCUCAUGUUGAAGGCUCAACAGACGAACAUGUUCCAUCACAAAGUACAUAACAAAGUGGUGUCCCACUUCACAAUAAGUGGCCCUAAUACAGAAUAGAGCCUAUAUUUGCAUAUUAUAAUGUUACAUAAGCAGGUACAGUGCAACAACUGUGCAGAGACACACUGUGUGUUGUGUUCAUUGUGUGUGUGUGUGUGUGUGUGUGUGUGUGUGUGUGUGUGUGUGUGUAGGUGGUUAGGGGUGCGUAUAGAGUUCAUAGGGAACUGUAUCGUGCUGUUUGCUGCUCUGUUUGCUGUGAUCGGGAAGGACAAGCUCAACCCUGGACUGGUGGGACUCUCUGUGUCCUACGCUCUACUGGUAAAGUAUAACAUAUCCCUUAUCAAUGUAGAUCUGGACUGGUGGGGACUCUGUGUUCCUACGGGGACUCUGUGUCCUACGCUCCACUGGUACAGUAGAACAUAUCCCUUAUCAAUGUAGAUCUGGACUGGUGGGACUCUGUGUCCUACGCUCCACUGGUAAAGUAGAACAUAUCCCUUAUCAAUGUAGAUCUGGACUGGUGGGACUCUGUGUCCUACGCUCCACUGGUACAGUAGAACAUAUCCCUUAUCAAUGUAGAUCUGGACUGGUGGGACUCUGUGUCCUACGCUCCACUGGGUACAGUAGAAACAUAUCCCUUAUCAAUGUAGAUCUGGACUGGUGGGACUCUCUGUGUCCUACGCUCCACUGGUACAGUAGAACAUAUCCCUUAUCAAUGUAGAUCUGGACUGGUGGGACUCUCUGUGUCCUACGCUCCACUGGUACAGUAGAACAUAUCCCUUAUCAAUGUAGAUCUGGACUGGUGGGACUCUGUGUCCUACGCUCCACUGGUACAGUAGAACAUAUCCCUUAUCAAUGUAGAUCUGGACUGGUGGGACUCUGUGUGUCCUACGCUCCACUGGUACAGUAGAACGUUCAUAGAUCUACUGUCCGUCUAACUGUCUGAUACAGAUUUCCAUUAAAUGGUGCCCAUUGCCUGCCACUGUGAUUCUGUUGUGCUAGUGUAAAGGAUGUCACGCUGCUUGCUUAGUGAGUACAGCUUCCUCCUGAUUUUGGCUCAUAUCGAGGCUCGAACCAAGGACCACUUGCCUCGCAAAACGCACAUGACCGCCUUCCUGAAGCGUCUUACCCAGUCGUGCCCUUGAAAAGCUAGCUAUCUGGCAGUGCAAGUGGAGACCGGCUGAGUGACCUUCACAGAUCCUCAUCUGCUACACUAGGUUGAGAUAGAAUCCAGUGUUUUAAAGAGAUCAGGUAUGAUGAUGUACGAUAGCUUAAUGACGCUGCUUGUGUUUUCUCCCAUGAGCAUCACUCAUGCUACAGUACUGUGUUGUCCUGGUAACAGGUGACCAUGUCUCUGAACUGGAUGGUGAGGAUGACGUCGGAUCUGGAGAGCAACAUCGUAGCCGUGGAGAGAGUCAAGGAGUACUCUGAGACCAAGACCGAGGUACAGAACACGCACACAAUGCUUUACUAGGGUAGGACAUUACAGGUGGAAAUCAACCAAUGAACCAGGUCUAAUCGCUCAGAAGUACAAGGCAAAGUGACAGGUGGAAAUGUUGUGUAGUUGCCCGCUGUUUGUUACUUACUGACCACCUGAUUUCUGGAAAUAGUUAUAUUUUUCAUAAGUGUGUUUUUUAUUUUUGGCUGUUUGGCUGCCAAGUCAUACUCACGAUCACAACCAUAAAAGACAAAUAAAAGUAGAAGGAGAUCUUUAACUAGGAUAUGACGUACGUACAGGGACUCCCUUUGAUGUGGUUGGCUGGGCUAUAUAGUAUACUGUAUAGUUAUUACCCAAUUGCAUCCUCCUAUUACUGAUCAUGUGAUUGAGUUUCUAGUGUUUCUAGGAUACUGCGUUUUCUGAAAUAUGUCUCUUCUCAACACUCAUGUGGGCAGAAAUUGCAAGUGCAUAUAAAGCGUAUGGUUGUGCCAUAAUUGUGUUUGUGAAUGUUGCAAGGCCCCGUGGGAGGUGGAAGACAAGAAGCCUUCGCCUGAUUGGCCAUCCCAGGGGAAGGUAGAGUUCCGUGACUACAGCGUGAGGUACAGAGAGGGACUAGACCUGGUCCUCAAGAACCUCACCCUCAGCGUCAGAGGAGGGGAGAAGGUGAGAACAACAGGCUUACACUGUGUAGACCAGUGAGGAAAACAUGCACGAUAAACAUGAUGCGUAUAGACGCUGCAAUAAAGGCCUCGAAUACAGUCGCAAAUGAACGGAGAAACUUGACACCGUGAAAACCAAGAGUGUGCAAAGCUGUCGUCACGGCAAAGGGUGGCUAUUUGAAGAAUCGCAAAUAUAAAAUAUAUUUUGAUUUGUUUAACACUUUGUUGGUUACUACAUGAUUCCAUAUGUGUUAUUUUAUAGUUUUGAUGUCUUCACUAUUAUUCUACAAUGUAAAAAAUUGUACAAAAUAAAGAAAAAACCCUUGAGUGAGUAGGUGUGUCCAAACUUUUGACAGGUAGUGUAGACGCUGCAAUAAGGCCUCAAAUACAGUCGUAAAUGAACGGAGAAACUUGACACCGUGAAAACACCUGGCAAAUGUUCAUUUUGGGGUGAAAAACAUUGCUUUCAUACGCCAAUGAGGACAUGUUAAAUGAUUGUUUAACACACUACCCCCAUGAAAGGACUCUGUACUCCUGCCAUCACAUUUCACACACAGAUAAAAUGCUGUUUACUUUAUCCAAGCGGGUGCUGAUGUGUGUAUCGAGCAUGCCGCUAUCUGGAACAAGCGUUUUUGAAUUGAGACUGGUAAACUACAAUGCUCACAGAGCGUGCCGUUUUCUGGAGUGUUUCAUUGUGUUGGCCUGUGUGUUACAGAUAGGUAUCGUGGGUCGUACGGGGGCUGGUAAGUCCUCUAUGACACUGUGCCUGUUUCGGCUGCUGGAGGCGGCAGGGGGAGAGAUCACCAUCGACGGGGUCAAGAUAUCAGAGAUAGGGCUGCAUGACCUGAGGUCAAAACUCACCAUCAUACCACAGGUACACACACACACUCUCACACACACACACACACACACACACACACUCACUCACUCACUCACUCACUCACUCACUCACUCACUCACUCACUCACUCACUCACUCACUCACUCAUCACUCACUCACUCACUCACUCCGUCACUCACUCACUCACUCACACACUCCCACUCACUCACACACACACUCACUCACUCACUCACUCACUCACUCACACACACACACUCACACACACACUCACACACACACACUCAACACAACACCUCACUCACACACACUCACCACUCACACACUCCCACGGUCACAUCACACCCUCACUCACACACUCACUCAUCACACUCUCACCCCGACACUCACAUCACACACUCUCACACACUCUCACUCACACACACCACACACACACACACACACUCACACACACUCACUCACCCUACACCGUCCUCACCUCCACCCCCACUACCCUCUCUACCUCCCCAGGAACCAGUGCUGUUCUCUGGCAAUCUGAGGAUGAACCUGGACCCCUUUGAGAAGUACAGUGACGCGGAGGUAUGGAACGCACUGGAACUGUCCCACCUCAACAAGUUUGUCAGCAACCAGCCGGCUAAACUGGAAAUGGAGUGUUCAGAGGGAGGAGAGAACCUCAGGUAACAUAAUCCCUGUCAAUUAACAAACUGCAUGUUUUGAGGGACAUUUGCGUUCACGCGUUUGCACCUGUAGAAGGCCUUUACCUGUAUAUUCAGGUGGGAAUUAAAACAAAACUAAGAACAUUUUUGGAAAACAAAUAUGUCUUAAUUAGGAUAUUCUCUUAAGGAUGUAUACCUUUUCUGAAUCUUUCUUUUAGCCUUUUGUACCUUUCACAUUUUACUCUACUGGAAAAUAAUGUAAUGUAAUUUGUGUGUGUGUUCAGUGUGGGCCAGAGGCAGCUGGUGUGUUUAGCCAGGGCUCUACUGAGGAAGACGAGGAUCCUGAUCCUGGAUGAAGCUACAGCAGCCAUCGACCUAGAGACAGACGACCUCAUCCAGUCAACCAUCAGGACACAGUUUGAGGACUGCACCGUCUUCACCAUUGCUCACAGACUCAACACCAUCAUGGACUAUACUAGGUAAUGCGCAAUACAUUACACACGCACACGCAUGCACAAACAGACGGACAGACAAAGACACGCACGUGUACUGAACAAAAAUAUAAACGCAACAUGCAAUAAUGUCAAAGAUUUUACUGUGUUAUAGUUCAUAUAAGGAAAUCAGUCAAUUGAAAUAAAUUCAUUUGCCCUAAUCUAUGGAUUUCACAUGACUGGAUAGAGGUGAAGCCAUGGGUGGAGCUGGGAGGGCAUAGGCCCACCCACUUGGAAGCCAGGCCCACCCACUUGGCAGCCAGGCCCAGCCAAUCAGAAUGAGUUUUUCCCCACAAAAGGGCUUUAUUACAGACAGAAAUAGUCCUCCCCCCCCGCGGUUUAAGAGGCCAGUUGGACGUACUGCCAAAUUCUCUAAAACAACGUUGGAGGCAGCUUAUGGUAGAGAAAUGAACAUUACAUUCUCUGGCAACAGCUCUGGUGGACAUUCCCGCAGUCCACACUCCCUCAAAACUUGAGACAUCUGUGGCUGUUACGAACCCCGUGGCUUUAAACGUCUAGGGUGGAUGGACAAGAGACCCGUAACAUAAUUCAUGCAAAUUAGAAUCGUGACAUGAAACAGUGAUUGUGUUGUGCAACAAAACUGCACAUUUUCAAGUGGCCUUUUAUUUUCCCCAGCACAAGGUGCACCUGUGUAAUGAUCAUGCUGUUUAAUCAGCUUCUUGAUAUGCCACAUUCGUCAGGUGGAUGGAUUAUCUUGGCAAAGGAGAAAUGCUCACUAACAGGGAUGUAAACAAAUGUGUGCACAACAUUUGAGAGAAAUAAGCUUUUUGUACGUAUGGAACUUUUCUGGGAUUUUUUAUUUCAGCUCAUGAAACAUGGGACCAACACUUCAAAUGUUGCGUUUAUAUUUUUGUUCAGUGUACGUACAUACAUACAUGCAUGCAUCUUUUGAUCAAAGAUGCUGUUAUUGUAUCUUUGUUAGGUCAUAUAUUCUCUCCAGAACCCUAACAAAGUUCUGAAAGAUUCUACUAAUCCAUCUUCACUUCUUUGCAGAGUGCUGGUGUUGGACAAGGGACAGGUUGCUGAAUUUGACACUCCUACAAAACUCUUAUCCCAGAGAGGAAUCUUCUACGGUAUGGCUAAAGAUGCAGGACUGGCGCAAUAG